AUCCGCGCAUAUAUUGACCUAUAUAUUGACCAAAUGGACGAAGAAGAAUUAAUGCUACUCUUUUUACUGAUUUUAAUGUGUCACCGUUUUAAUAUUAUGUUGUACCGUCUAAAAAAACCAGGAAGAGGACACGGAUUUAGGUUAGUAUGCCCAUACAAUUUCAUUGCAAGUUUCCAAUUUUUCGUACACGUGAAAAACAUAUAUGUGUAUUCUGUGGUUCCUAGUUUGUGCAGGAAUUAGUAUAAUUUGUUUACUGUUCAAAAUUGGAUUCCAGGCGGUGGUGGCGGCGUCCACUCAACAAUCGAUUCAAUGAGUUGGGAGAGUUUCAACAUCUUUUUCAAGAGAUGAAAACGACGGACCAUGAAGAAUUCAAGCAGUACACUAGAAUGACACCUGAACAGUUUGAUUGGCUUUUGGACAAAGUGAAGCCAUUCCUGCAGAAGAGAAGCAAUAGACGUCCGUUUUCUCCUGAACUUCGACUUGCACUCACUCUGGGGUUUAUAUUGAUUUUUGUUACACAAUGAAAAUUAAACUAUAUAGUAAACAUCAAGUUAUGUGUGUAAUUGUUAUAUUUUUGUACAGGUAUUUGGCGCACGCUGACAGUGUAUGGGGAAAGAAGUGGUCUUUUAGGAUCGGUAGAUCAACUACAUAUAAAAUCAUACCUGAGACAUGUGAGGCCAUAAUUAGUGCUCUACAGCCAACUUACUUGCCACCAAUGACCAGAAAUAUGUGGAGGAAUGUGGCUGAUGAUUUUUGGCAGAAGUGGAAUUUCCCAAACUGCAUAGGCGCCAUUGAUGGGAAACACGUGAGAAUCAAGGCACCAAAAAAUUCUGGUUCUGAAUUUUUUAAUUAUAAAAAAUUCUUUUCGAUUGUUCUGAUGGCUGCGUGUGAUGCAAAUUAUACAUUCACGUGGGUGGAUCUAGGAUUUUAUGGUUCAAUAAAUGAUGGUGGAAUCUGGAUUAACAGUCAUUUAGGAACUGCUUUGGAGCAAGGAACUGCAGAUCUACCUCUCUCAGAGCCUCUACCAGGUGGGGUUGAACCACUCCCAUUUUUCUUUGUUGGAGAUGAAGCUUUCCCCUUGAAACCGUACAUGAUGCGACCAUAUGCAAAGCCGAAAGGACGCAGGAGGCAAGAAGAUGAAAUCCCAAGAAAUGAAGCAGCAUUCGAAAAUUUUGAUGAAGAUUCUGCAGCUGUUAAUGAGAGAGCUGAUGUGAAUCCUGCUUUGCGAACACUUACAUUACCACAAAGAAUUUUCAACUAUCGUCUGUCGAGGGCCCGCAGAGUCAUAGAAAAUGCAUUUGGCAUAUUGGUGGCCAAGUG